UAUGGAGAUCUCGAAUGUAAAAGUACUUCAGCUACUUCUCUUCAUCCUUCUCAACUUACUUUGUUAUACAACUUCAAACUCAAAUUCCCAAAGAUUUCUUCAAUGCUUUUCCUCCAACAUAAAUUCUAACCCAUCAAGCAAAAUCAUUCUCACCAAAAACUCUCCUGCUUACUUCUCAGUCUUGCAAUCUUCUAUACAGAAUCUCCGAUUCUUGAACAAUUCAACACGAAAACCACUAGCUAUCGUUACUCCCUUUCAGUACUCUCAUGUUCAAGCAGCGGUAAAAUGCUCCGAGAAAGAAGGCAUACAAAUAAGAAGCCGAAGCGGGGGGCAUGACUACGAGGGUCUGUCUUAUGUAUCCAAAACUCCUUUCAUCAUCAUUGAUCUUUUCAAUCUUCGUUCCAUUGAUAUUGAAAUAGAGAAUGAGAGUGCUUGGGUCGAAUCAGGUGCUACUCUGGGAGAGUUGUACUACGCAAUUGCACAAAAGAGUAAAGUGUAUGGAUUUCCAGCAGGGACAUGUCCAACCGUUGGUGUAGGGGGACAUAUUAGUGGAGGUGGACAUGGUACCAUGUUCAGAAAAUAUGGCCUUGCAGCUGACAAUGUCCUUGAUGCUAAGAUUGUCGAUGUCAAUGGAAGAGUUCUUGACAGAAAAUCCAUGGGAGAUGAGCUCUUUUGGGCUAUUCGAGGAGGUGGAGGCUCAAGCUUUGGAGUCAUUUUGGCAUGGAAGCUUAGGUUGGUUCCUGUUCCUGCAACCGUAACAGUUUACUCAGAAGCAAGGACCAUUGAACAAGGUGCAACCAAACUUAUUUUUAAAUGGCAAGCUAUAGCAGACAGGAUUCCUGAAGAGUACGUCCUGCGUUUGGUGUUCCAAGUCACAAACGGAGCUGGUACAAAUGAGGGAAAAACUAUUCAAGUUAUAUUCAAUUUCGUGUUUCUCGAGUCUGUUGAGAAACUUCUCCCUUGGAUGCAAGAAAAUUUCCCAGAGUUGAGUUUAGACAAGACCAAAUUCAAUGAAAUGAGUUGGAUUGAGUCUGUCCUAUAUAUUUCUGGCAUCCCAAGAAACGAAUCAGAAACUUUGCUUCAGCGGACGCAACAAUCGAAGGGAUUCUUCAAAGCGAAAUCAGACUAUGUUACUGAACCAAUUUCAGAAGCUGGCUUGGAAGGUUUAUGGGAAAGACUUCUUCAGCUAGAGAUAUUCCAGUUGAUACUGACACCUUUCGGAGGAAUAAUGAGCGAGGUUUCUGAUUCAGAAAUUCCUUUCCCACAUAGAAAAGGAACUUUAUUUGAAAUCCAGUAUUUGGUCAGUUGGGGUGAUGAUAAAGAAACUGAGAAACAUAUUGGCUCGAUGAAAAGGCUGUACGAGUACAUGACACAAUAUGUUUCGAAGUCCCCGAGAGCUGCCUAUUUGAACUAUAGAGAUCUUGACUUGGGGACGAACAAAAACGGUAACACGAGCUAUGCACAAGCAAGCAUUUGGGGUUUGAGGUAUUUUAAGAAUAACUUUAGGAGACUAGUACAUGUGAAGACUUUAGUUGAUCCUGAGAACUUCUUCAGGAAUGAGCAAAGCAUCCCGGUGUUACAAUCUGGGGAGAAAUAGAAUGUCAACAACAUGCUUGGUUCCUCAUUUCAUAAUACUAAUGAAUAAUGAACGGUAAGUUCUAGCUUUA